AUGUUUAUCUUUUUGCAAACACUACAGAAGCUAUGGCUGGAAAAGCAGCUGCAGAAACCGCGGCAAAGACAGCGUUUCAGCGUCCGUGAUUCCGUGGAGGGCAAAGCUCAACAAAUACAGAACGGAGGAGUGUAUGGUUACUGGGAGAUGGGGUUGUGGAAACUCAGCCAUUCUCAGUGGUGGAUGAUAAGUUUGUCAAGGAACCAGUGA